AUGCCCUAUCCGCGGCCCGUCUCCCCGGUCUCACUUGAAACAUGCGCACCCUCCACAUCCGAGAUAGAUACAGAUGACCUGCUGGCCUCCGACGACGAGCUAGACGACACCGCCCGCGCUGCGAAGCGCCAGCGGGUUGAGAACUUGGCGCAGUCUUAUCUGCAGGGAAAACCGCUGCUUAUCCUCUCUGCCUCGCUGAGAGGACCGUUUAAUGAGGGAUGGGUGAAUCCCUGGAAGAAGGAUAGGACACGGGGAACUACUUCGAGCUCCGGUCCUCGGGCUAAUGUGCCUGAGCGGGUGGUUCAGGAAACCGAUUUGCGGACGAGAUAUCGAGAGAGGUUGUCGGUCAGUAACGGCUGUCCAGAGGUUCCCGCAUCGUCUUUCGAAUCCGCUGGGAUUUCAGUAAACGCCGGGAACCGUUCUUCACCGUCUAAACCGUCGCGGAGGCCGUCCAGGAAAUCCACCCCGCGGCCGGUGCAUAAUCGACCAGAUGAGUCGUCGCGACAGUCUCCAGCAAAAUUGAAUGAACCACGGUCGUCAGAGGUUGAUGAGCAGUCAAUCAUACCGCCUAGGACAGCGGACUGGCUGAAGAAAGAUCGGAAGUUGAUGAACUUCACCAAGUUUGAACCGCCCAGCUCACCGACGACAUCCGUUGCUUCUCGUCUUUCGGAUAAAGCUCGUCGACCUGCGCCACGUUUGGUCCAUGUGCAGGUUCCGCAGACACCGGGAUCUCCUAUGAAAUCAUGUCCUGUCAAAACAAUUGCUUCGAUGACGGCUCGGAAUUCUAAUACGGAUUCCAACGGCCAUCCUUCUUCUCAAUCUCGUUCGUCUACAUCUAAGGCGCUGAGCGCUCCUAUCACAUCACCACGUAAGCGAUCUCGGCAUGACCAUAUGCCGCAAGAAGUGUCCUUUAGAAUUGUCAAUUCUUCGUCACAGUUGCCGAGGUUUGAAUAUCGGAGGUGCGUCAGCGAGCAUUCUGGUCAGCAGGAACAUACUUCUUCUUUGCACGAUGAAAGUAUUUUACAGGAAGAGACGAUUUUGGAGCCAGGGAGUCCCCUGCGGGGAAUUUCUACGGUCAAUCCUGCACCUGCUGGUCCCGGUCCUGUAGAACCUCCGGCAUUGGAUCCGGUGGAGCAUGGACCUUCUGCCCCCGAAGAAAUAGCAGUUCCCGAGGUACCUCCUGUGGAGGAAGUUACAGGACACAACACUGUGUCGAAAGAAACUAGGGUUGCAGAUGAGGAUGGUGUUGCAAAGGAAGUUGUUGCAGAGGAAGCUGUUGCAGAGGAAGCUGUUGCAGAGGAAGCUGUCGCCCAGAAAGAGGUCGUAGAGGAAGCAGCUGCGCAAGAGAAUGCGGAAGAGAAUGCAGACGGAAAUGCGCCAGACGAAGCGAACACUUCGACAUAUCAAAAUACCGAAUACUCUGGAACAAACGAACAGACCACAACCGAGCAAAACACAUGUGAACAGUUCCCCUCGGCUCAGCAAGUACCAGCACCCUUGGGUGUGUCAGAUCGAAUAACAUCACUUCAUUCGACAGCUUUGCCCAAAGGGCAUUCUGAACAAGACUCAAAUACAAGUCCUGAUACCCAGCUCUCCACCCAGGCUGCUCUUCUGCAUGCCCAGAAGUCUUUCCAAGACGACCUGGAUAGCCCGGAAUACUACACCCACCGAACACCGGAUCAAGACCGAGCCGUGCGUUCACCGAAUGGUUCGACUCACUCGACGAAGGUCACUCCAUUCUAUCGCAUGGACGAGACACUUGAACGUGGUUUGGACAGGAGCACGAAAUCCGCCAACAAGAACAAGAUGCAGGCAAUGAGCACGCAAUUUAUGCUCGAUGCGGCUACACCUUUCAAUUUCACCACCGAAGAAGCUGGCCGAAGCUCGAAACCUAUAAACAGACACAUGACGCAAGCGAUGAACACACAAUUUAUGCUCGAUGCAGCUACUCCCUACACUUUCAGCACAGAGAAGAAACAGCGUCCUUCCAGACCAGGCUCGGGGUCGCCCACAACGAGUUCUAAGAGAAGAAAGAAGCACAGCUUUGCCAGUCCGGAUCUUUCGAUUAGAAGUCAAUCAAUAAAUGGGGACAAUGAUGACCAAACUGCCGAUUCUCAGUCUAGCGAAGACGAAGCAAGCCCACGACCAGCCGCUCAGCAGCCGGAUGAUCCACCCACGCAUCCAUCCGUCCCAGAGACCGCUGCGUCUUUGCCUCUCACACUGGGCGAAUCAAUGCCAACCACUGGGGAGGAUGGACAAGGUGUCCCCCAAGGAAUGGAAAGCUUUAAUCUUAGCGAGGCUAUUGCAGAUGCUGGAAGUUGGCUGCAGCAGAGUUUUGAUUUGAACUACAGUGGUCGGACGAGCGUCAACCAUAGGCCUGUCAAUACUGCUGAUUCCCGUGCUCCUUUGAUGGAUCUUUCGCAAUAA